UUCACUGCCUGCGCUUUGGCCGCUCCAUGGCUGUCACCCUCCGGUGACUUGGGGGGAAUCAGACGACCGGUUUCGUUGAUGAUCUGACGUCAGUUUGCGCCAACAGCAUGGUUAUAAAAGGCUAUCCGAAGACGGGCGCUCCAAGAUCCCGGAGCUGUUACUGGAGGAGGUCAAGAUGCGCACUUUGAGCUUCACCGCCUGUGUGCUCCUGCAGCUGGCUGCCCUCCGAGUCCUGCACGGCGCUAAAUGGACAUACAGGGGACCGGAAGGAGAGCAUCACUGGUCCAAGCAUUACCCCUUCUGUGGAGGUGCUUUCCAGUCUCCAAUAGACAUCAAAUCAGAGCUGCUGAGGUUCGAUCCAGCUUUGCGUCCGAUUGAGCUUCAAAACUACAACCUGUCACCAAAUGAACAACUCACUCUGGGAAAUAAUGGACAUUCUUUGCAAAUAUCUCUGCCCCCCAAGAUGUAUAUCUCCAGCCUGCGUCAUCGUUAUACUGCAGCUCAGCUGCAUUUCCACUGGGGCUCCUCCAGUCGGCCUGCAGGAUCUGAACACACGGUUAACAGUAGGCAGUACGCAGCAGAGAUGCAUGUAGUACAUUACAACUCAGACAAGUACCCCAACAUUUCCAUGGCUGUAGACAAAUCGGAUGGUUUGGCUGUGCUGGGUGUAUUCAUUGAGAUUGGGGAUUUUAAUCCUGCCUAUGAAACAUUUCUGAAGUUUAUCAACGGUAUCAAAUACAGAGAUCAUAAAGUGCAGGUUCCAGGUUUCAACGUCAGAGCGCUGCUACCUAACCGUUUGGACGAGUUCUAUCGCUAUGACGGGUCACUGACGACUCCCCCGUGCUAUCCUAGUGUGCUGUGGACAAUUUUCAGAAAUCAUGUGACUAUUUCUCAAAAACAGUUCUUGGCACUAGCAACAGCCCUCUACUCCUCCUAUGCCCAGGACUCUACAGCUACACCUCUGCAUGGCAACUUUAGGAAACCACAGCUUGUUGACAGCCGAGUUGUCCUGGUGUCUUUUAAGGAAGGCAGAGGACUGCAUGGUACUCUUACAGUCUCACCUCCAUUUAAGAGGAAGCAAGUUGUCCAUCAGCUGUUGGCAGGGGACCUUGCAGACUUGGCAGACGAGGGGCUGUAUCAGCUCCUACCAAGUGGUUCACAGACAGUCCGGGCUGGCAACAGGAAAGAUACCAUGAGCCAGCUGAGUGUGACUCUGGCCAAACCAAAACAACAAACUAAGAAUCCAUCUCUUCGGAAAAGUCAGACCAACCGCUUUGUUGGAAAGCUUGGAAUGGAGGAAAACACUCUAUGCUUCACUUCACUGGAGCAUCAGCUCAGACAGUCCCAUGCUGAAAGUGAGCUGAGCAGAAUUCUCAGAGACUUAAUUUACCCAGAGCUCAACCUCAAGAGCUACUUGGACUGUAAGUCAGACUUAGCUCUCCCUACCAUCAGACACAUUCUCAGCAGACGUCCAACUGAUGAAGCUUUGGAGCUGGACCGCUCUCUGACAAAAGCCCUCAUGAAUCCAAGGAAGACUUCCCCUGCAACUAAAGACAGGGGGUCAAGGACAAAACAUGGCAGCGUAUCUGUGCAGCAGAAACCUCUUAGUCGACGUCAUCCACAUCCAUGGCUUUUGCCAAUGGAGUGGGAAGACUAGAGAGUCUCUGAACGUAGCUCACACAGUCAUUUUUGCAGCCAUCAACAAUAGUGUUCAACAACAGACUCAUUUUGACCCCUCCCCUCUGCUUUGUGUCAUGUAAUAAAUGACCAUUUACUAUGUUAAUUUAUUACAUUAUUAUAGAUGUAUAACUGGUUGGUAAUUUGUUGUAUUUUCAUAUCAACAUUUUGGAUACGGUUUACAGAAUAUGUCUGGCUAACACUUGCUAUUAAGUCCAAAGCUAAUUAUAGUAGAUGGGGUCUAAUAACCUGACAUAUGGACUUGUGUACAAACUCUUGUUGAAUGCAACAUUUCUUUGGUUUAAUGACUUUGAACCUGUAUUUGUAAAGACAGUAUAUAGAGAUGCUUUUGGAGCUUUUGCACUUGAUGUAACUUCUUUGUGUUCCCUUGCAUUUUUAAAUUAUUUUUAGUUUCUUCUUUCCUGCAAGGAAGUAAAUGUCAGGCAGUGGAGAGUUUUUGUCAAUAAAAUCACAAUACUAGAAUAAAAUAUUGAUAAACUGUCUCCUUAUUUUAAUAUUGAUCUCUAAAUCAAAAAGCAGAAUGUACAGAGACAGAUUAAGACAGAUUAGGGGGCAUCCCCAAGGGGAUGGGUCAAAUGCAGAGGUGAUUUUCUUCAA